AUGAGGGACAGACUAAGCCACUUACAGGUUAUAUCCUCUGACAAUAUUGAGCCAUUGGAGUAUCCGGAAUCCACUGUCUCUGACACCUUCAGUAACGUCGACUUGGAGGAUGAGUUGCCCCAUGAGGCGGUCAUUUUUGACAACAGCCCUGCUCUGGAAGAGGUCUUUUCGCAGUCUCAAGAUAUCCACAAAGAGAUCCAACUCAUUCGCAUUGAAGUAAAAAGGCUUCGUGAGCAGAAUUCCCGCAUGCUGCAUGGUGUCACUACCAUGAGCACAAUUAAAAGAGACUCCAAUGGAAUAGGUGCUGACAUAAAGAAGAGGGCCGAGGGUGUCCUAUCACGCCUGCAUGACAUGGAGGGCACAGCCCACAAGUUGGAAGAAGAACACGGCUCCAAUUCUGCCGUCACUCGCAUUGCAAGAACCCAGUACGCCUCGGUCAGUAAUGGUUUCCGAGACGCCAUGUUCGACUAUAACGAGGCGGAGAUGAACCAUCGUGAGAACUGCAAAACCCAGAUCCAGAGGCAGAUGGAGAUAGUGGGACGUGAGGUGACAGGGGAGGAUGUGGAGGAGAUGAUUGAGAAAGGCCAGUGGAACAUCUUUACCGACAACGUGGUGAGUGAGGGGAGAACAGCGCGAUCGGCUCUGUCCCAGAUUGAGAAGCGCCACCAGGAGUUGGUGGACCUGGAGGCCCGUAUCCAGGGCAUUCAUGAGAUAUUCCUGGACAUUGCCCUGCUGGUAGAGGAGCAGGGCCCCAUGCUGGAAGCCAUCCAAACCAACGUUCAAAAGACUGAUGAGGGCAUACAAGAUGCUCUUGUCAAACUUCGCAGGGCCAAGCGCAAAAUGCGGGACAUGCUGGUGAGACUGCAGACCAUCUCUGAGGAGCAGGAGGAUGACGACUCAGACUUUUGUGGACCUGAGUAUGAUGUAGACAAGGCGACAUUGUCUCCUCAACAGGCAGUCAUUUUUGAGAACCCGCAAAAUAUUGACAAUGUCUUGGUGGAGGCCCAGUCCAUAAGAAAGGAGAUCGACUUGAUUCAUCUGGAGGUGCAGCGCCUGGGUGCCCACAAUGAGCGCUAUGCCACAUCCAUACGCCGACUCACCCUCCUGAAAAGGGACUCUGACUCCAUGGCCAGAGGAAUCCACCAUCGAAUGGAGGCUGUUUAUGGCCGUCUGCAGGCCUUGGGUAAGGAGAAAAACCAGCUGGAGGAGAAAGAAGGUCGCCACUCUGCGGUUGCUCGCAUAGCUCUUACUCAGUACGACACGCUGACCCGCGCCUUCCAAGAUGUCAUGGGUGCUUACAACAAGGCCGAGGAAAUUCAGAGAAAUUCAUGUCGAAGCCGGAUCCAAAGGCAAGCCUCCAUCAUGGGAAAAAACAUCAGCUGCGAGGAGCUGGAUGAGAUAGUGGAGAAAGGUGGUGAGGGCUGGUCUGAACUGUCCCAGAACCUGCAGCCACAAGGUGCACGCUCGUGCCGUUUAGCCCUGUGUGACAUCAAAAGCAGACACAAAGAGCUGGUGGAGCUGGAGGCCAGGCUGAAGGAGAUCCAUGAACUGUUCCAGCAAAUGGCCCUGCUGGUGGAGGAGCAAGGAUCUCUUCUUAACAAUAUCGAGUCUAACGUGCGCAACACCCAGGAGCACAUUGAUAAAUUCAACUAUCACAUCAAGAGGGCCAUUCGAUACAAGAAGAAAAAUCCUUUUCUGCAAUGCUGUCCCUGCCUACCUUGCGCGAGAAACAACUGAACGCUUUGGGGACUGAAUUUGACAGUGUGCAGUUAGGAAUGAUUGAACAAAUUAAAAUCAAUUUAAUAUGAAAAUCAUAUGGAACUGAAAUGGAAGAAAACAUGUGCAAUAAUUUCAAUUGAUGUGAUUGCUGCCUUUACAGAGACACUUGUGAGACCGAAGUGUAUUAGUCCCACUAGUCCCACUGAUUUACGAUGCAAGUGAAUUGUUCACAGACCUGAAGGCUAUCUUUAAGUUAAUUUACAGUAUACUGAGGAUGUUGUUAUAAUCACAUGAAGGAUCAAUGUGUUUGAGUGUUUGUAUAUGAGAGAGAGAGAGAGAGAGAGAGAAAGACUUCAACAUCUCAAGAGAAGAAGAGUUUAGCUGAAACAACUUUAUUUUAAACUGUUCGUUGACUCAACAAAUAAAUGAAGUUGUUGUAAAUUGCCUGUUGCUGAAGAUCAUCUUGUGUUUUUCUGAGGACUGAAAGCUUUUUUAAUGUUCCACAAACAACUAAUAGUGUCAUGGGUCAAAGGGCCAGCAUACAACAGGUCCCAAAUGCAGGCAACAGCAACUAUAAAAGGAUUUUAUUGAGUCCAGGUUGGAAUUGUGGCACGGUUAUAACUCAGUGUCGAGUUUAGUAAGAAGUAAGUACAAACCCUCUCCAUGAGAAGGGGAGGCAAGGAUGGAAAAAGAGUUCCCAAAAUUGCAGUGACACAGCUCUAUAUUAUGAGCUGAUGAGAGUCCAUGUGCAACUUACAGGGCCGCUCACGUGAGGGUCCUGAAUGCUGAGCCUAUGCUCAAAAUAAAUUAAAGUGCUUGAUUCAGUUAUACAUGGAAAUAUAUAAAAAAUGAGAAUAGAGAAACCAGUUUAGAUAAAUUAGGUUGUUGUUCCUGAGUAUUUAAAACUGAGAUUUAAGUAUUGAAAUCUUUAAAUAAAAGAGAAU